CUGAGAUUUCUAUGUUCAGUUGUGGAGGGUUUUCAAUAAAGAUAUCUGGUAAUAAUAUAGCCAAAUGUCAGUUGUACUUGUCAAUUGGUCGACCGAUUAUCACGAUUAUUCUGAAUAUUGGUUGAAUUUGUGAAAGAGUCAUGGCUAUCGGCGACUACCCGAAGGAAUAUAACCCAGCUGUCCAUGGGCCCUAUGAUCCUGCCCGUUAUUAUGGCAAACCUGAUACUCCAUUCGGACAGGUGAAGAUCAAUGAGAUUGGCGCAUGGCUCAGCAGGAGGAAUAAGACUCCAUCUGCUAUAGCAGGCGCUUUCAGCCGAGCUUGGUGGAGAUGGCAGCACAAGUAUGUGCAGCCCAAGAAGGUGGGCAUGGCUCCAUUCUACCAGCUUGUGGUGGGCAGCAUGGUAUUCUUCUAUGCUAUCAACUAUGGCAGGAUGAAGCACCACAGGAACUACAAGUACCACUAAUCUGCAGCCAUACAACAUCAACAUGUAUUUAAUUGUAUGCAACUGAAAUGGUUAACUUCAAUUUUGCUGGUAUAGCUAAUGCAUUAUAAACAGUUACUGCAAUAAACUUAGUUCGAAAUGGUA